AUGGUUCUGCAGACUCUCGGGAAAUCACUGGAUGAGGCUCGUCAGCUCAUCGUCCUGGUGAAGGAGAAGCUCAAGGAGUACGAGCGCCUCGAUACGAAGGAUGUUGCCGAGCGCGUUCUUAAGGCUGCUGCGAAUGGCAGGAAGUUCAAAGGCGCAAAGUCUUUCAAGGGCAUCAAGGGCAAUAAAGGCUUUGGUGCAAGAAAGAAGGAAGGCUUCAAGAGAAGUGCUUUAACCGCGGCCAGAUGGGCCACAUGA